AGCACCGCCGGGGCCCGCGCUCCGCCUGCGGGGGCUGCCCCGGGGAGGGGAGGCACGGCCAGCGCAACAACUUCUGCGCGUUAAAAACGGAAGGGAAAUAAAUAAUAAAAAGAGGCUCGUUCGUGGGACAUCUUCGAAGCUCAGUACCACGCGAGGCAUCCAGCCGCAGUGAGCCUUCCAUGCUGGUGAAUCCCCCCACAGUGACAGGAGGGAAGCUGGCUGUGGCCUCUGCUCCCGAGCCCCGCGUGCAUUAGAGUCGCCUUGGCUUUCCGGCUGGAAGAUGACUCCUGCAGCAGGACCUUGUUGCUGAUGAUGAACAGCAGAGUCGCUGGAAGAUGCCUUCCUUGAGGAUUACGCGUGGAGCAAGGCCAUCAGUCAAGGGGAGAGCUGGCUGGUGAAACUGUCUGACUUUUCCCCCGCCGGGGAAGUGGCUUCAAUGGCUCCAUCUCCCAGGAGAAGCAGUAGGAAAGAUGCCAGCGCCUUGCCAAGCAUGUCCUCAACUUUCUGGGCUAUCAUGAUCCUGGCUAGUCUCCUAAUCGCUUACUGCAGUCAGCUGGCUGCAGGUACAUGUGAGAUUGUUACUUUGGACAGAGAUAGCAGUCAGCCCCGAAGGACUAUAGCCCGACAAACAGCUCGCUGUGCAUGUAAAAAAGGACAGAUUGCCGGCACAACAAGAGCGAGGCCAGCGUGUGUUGAUGCACGAAUUAUCAAAACAAAACAGUGGUGUGAAAUGCUUCCAUGUUUAGAAGGAGAAGGCUGUGAUUUGCUAAUCAAUAAAUCAGGCUGGACCUGUACACAACCAGGAGGACGGAUAAAGACAACCACGGUCUCCUGACAAAUGCAGCAACACAGAAUCCUCGUAGGAGUGGUUUAGGCUCUCUGUGAGCUACUUAACUUAGUCAAGUUUCACUGCUGUUGACCAUCAUCUGUUAUAUGUCAUCAACUCAACUGUCUGUUUCUCUGUAUCUCAUAAAUGACAGCAUAAUUCCUCUGCAUUAUGAGCUAAAGUUUGUUCUACCAUUCUAAGGAUCACUGGACUAAGGAAUAUAGAAAAAGAGAUAUGCUUGGGCAUUAGCAAUACAAAAAAGUUCAUGGUUAACGUUUCAUCUGCGUUACACACCACUGCUGGACUUGCUGUUACCUACAUGUUUCAAUCCGAAGAGUCUGCUACAAUGAAGAGUAUCAUCCCAAUCAGCCUUAGAGAAGACUGUUUUGCCUAUGGGAGGACACUGAGGUGCAAAAGAGAAACUCUUCUUGUGCCCUAAACUGUCUGAAUUGCUUUUAUUUUCUUAUACUUUCAGUAUUUACAAUAGACCAAAGAGCAAAAUCUAUUUUAAAGUGGACACAAUCUUACUCUUAAGGGAGUUAUGUCAUUAAAUUGAAGGAGGUCUCCACAAAGACAUUAUUCCAGCUUUCACAAAGCUGAAAUGUUGUCCAGCAGAAGUCUUUAUGGAAAGCUGAAUUAAAAACUAACUCAGAGACCUGCUCUUGAAAUGCCAUGUUCAAGAGAAUGUAAUGGAGCACUGAGAGAAAAUGACCUAUGUUUGAAAAACAUGGACAAAAAGAAAACACAAACUGUCUACACGGCACCUUUAUUCCUCUGUACUUAGAUUGACUUUCUCGUACUAAAAUCAUUUUCCGUUUUAACCAGUUAAACAUGCCUCUUCUACAGUUCCAUUUUUGAUAGUUAAAGUUGGAUAAUACAGUAUUUGCAAAGAGCAUGUUUGGUCAUCUGUGGCCUCUGUCUCAUCUGAUACACCAUUUAGCACCAGAAAGCAAAUUAAAGAGAAAACAAAAGUAACACUUGUUUGAAAGAGAUCAUUAAAUGUAUUUUGA